GUUUGUUCCGCAACCUUUCUGUCAAUGGCAGCUGAGUCAUAUGUUUCUUUGCAUGCAACAAACAAGACAUGUAUUCUAGCCGAUUAGUCGCUGGUUUGGGCGGACGCACACCUGGAGAAAACGCGGGCAUGAGCGCAGUGGAUAUCGUGUCUCGGAGUGUUUGGAAUGCUGCGGCUCCUCGGAAGAGGACAGAAAUGACGGAUCCAGCACGGAGAGUCAUCGUGCACCACACGGCGCUCUGGUGCUGCAGUCAGCCGCGGGAGAGUCUCUCUCAGCUCGCUCACAUCCAGCACAUGCACAUGCGAGAGCGGGACUUCGAUGAUAUCGGUUACAACUUUCUGAUCUCUGGAGAUGGGACAGUGUAUGAAGGGCGAGGAUGGGGAGUUGUAGGAGCUCAUGCAAAAGAACACAACUUAGAUUCAGUUGGCAUCGCCUUUAUGGGCAACUUCAGUGAUGAACGGCCCAGUUGUGCAUCACUGUCUGCUCUGCAGAGACUGCUGCAUGUUGGAGUGCUUCAAGGUCAUUUGCAGCUCAAUUAUGUGAUUUUGGGACACAGAGACUUGGCAAACACUGAAUGUCCAGGGGAACAUUUAUACUCUGCACUACCAAAACUAAAAGACCAACUCAGAAGUCACUGACUUUUUUUCUUUCAUUUGUUUUUCAUUUAUUUCUGUUGCACUGGACUCCUGCUGUAUAUAUGUAGCACUGUAAGUGAAAGUGAAUGCUUUGGAUCUUACCGUGUUGGGUUGCACAUUAAAUGAAUUGACAACGUUUUUUUGCA